AAACUCACCACUCGAGAGAAGAACCAGAACCAGAAAUCUUUCAAACAAGGAAAGGAACCAAAAAUGUCGGGCAGAGGCAAAGGAGGAAAGGGUUUGGGAAAGGGAGGAGCCAAGAGGCACCGUAAGGUUCUGAGGGACAACAUCCAGGGGAUCACCAAGCCGGCGAUCCGCCGUCUGGCCAGGCGUGGUGGCGUCAAGCGUAUCAGCGGCCUCAUCUACGAGGAGACCCGCGGCGUCCUCAAGAUCUUCCUCGAGAACGUCAUCCGUGACGCCGUCACUUACACCGAGCACGCUCGCCGGAAGACCGUCACCGCCAUGGACGUUGUCUACGCCCUCAAGAGGCAAGGCCGGACUCUGUACGGAUUCGGAGGCUGAUGAAUCAAUCUUUUUAAUCCUCUGUGGUUAGGUUAGGGUUUAUUAGGUUUCGAAUUGGGGGUACUAGAUUUGAUACGUUUCUACAUUGUGAUUAGAUUAUUGUUGUUCUAGUGUAAUUUGCAAUAUGAAUGAAGCUUUUUGAAGUAUUAUCUAA